AGCUAAUAUUAUAGGUGGGCAGCCUAUGAUAUGGCCCAGUAUGUAGAAGGCUCUGUAGUGGCUAAAUGCUCCACUACAAUCAGUGGCCACUUUAUUAGGCACACCUGUACAAUCUAAUGUAAUCCAGUACAACGGCCCUGCCAUAAAAACUACCUUUACAAAGCUUAUAAGGUUUUUGUUGACAUUCUGAGAUGUGUAAUUCAAUUAUAUUUUAAUGUGAGGUCAUAGUUAGUGUUAGUGUUGUACUGGACUGCAUUAUACUGAGAGGUGCAUUAAAAUGCUACUCACACAAUAAUGCAUCAGUUAUCAUAUUCCAGUAAUGAAUGGCAAUUCACUGUAAUGAGUAGUUUUACUUUAUGUACAUUUCACUGCUAAUACUAAUGUACCUUUACUCAAGUAAAAAUCUGAAUGCAUUUAUUUCUAAUGAGGUAUUUUUAUACUGUGGUAUUGUUACUUUUACUUAAGUAAAACAUCUCACUACUUCUUCCACCACUGGAUGCAAAUCAUUUUUAUUUUACCACAUUUGUGAGAUGGUAUAAGUAACAGAGCGCACAGGGGUUCUCGCACCCUACUGUUUGUAUUACGAGUUCAUAGAUAACUGUAAAUUAUUAUAGUGUAUACAUAAUGUGGGGGUUAAACAAAAUGUGCGUGGUUUGGGGCCAAGGCUAAUUCUAAGAUGUAAAACUAAUGAUACAAACAAACAUAACAACAAACAAAUAUACGGGAAAAUAUCCCAGUGAAUUGAAUCCUGCCACCAAUAAGCUUGAAUCCACACAAAAUCGUUAUGUUGAUUAUCUUCUUCCCUUGUUUCCUUUUGUUGACUGUAUAACCACAAAAAUGUCUACAGCCCUAUGUGUGAUUGCCCAACCUUUUGACUCCUUACUGUGGCACAUGUGCUAACAAUACCUUUAAUUCAGUUCUGAGAGCGGGUUCUGUCUUUCAGUAACCACCACUAAUCUUUAUUCUGCAGCACCCCUUUUCCUUCAUAAAAAAAUGUCCAAAGCAUUUUUGAGUGUAAAAUUAAGGGUUUAGGAAUUACCAAAAAAAAAAGGGGAAGCAUGAGGCAGAAGAGCCAUUUUGCUGAGAGCAUUGCUGUGAGAGCAGAAGUGUCACAACCACCUGUUACGGAAACACCCUCGUUUACAAAGCACACAGGAAGCAUUGCUCAGACACACCAGCAACACCAGCAGCACUGUUAGCACUGUUAGAGAAGAGUGAUGUGUAAGAUGCAUGGGCAGCGUCGCAUCUUCCUGCUCACCUACAUGGUGGCUGUUGCCAUCCCUGUCUCUUUGGCUUUCAACAUUGAUAUGACAAAUCCCGAUGUCUAUACUGGUGAACAAAAAGAUUUCUUUGGCUACAAAGUGCUUCAAUUCAUGUCUCACACGAACAAAGGGAUAAUUGUUACUGCACCUUUGCGGCUAAAUGGAUCUGGGGGAAUAUGCAGACUUGACCAAGAACAAAACACUCAGUGGUUCAACCAUAAAGAGACAACGAUACCGCUCAGGCACCUUGGUCUGUCGAUAGCUGAAGACGCCACACACUCCCAAUUCACUGUUUGCAGUCCAAGUGUAGUCCAUGAAUGUUACGAGAACUCCUAUCUGAACAGCGUGUGUUACAAGAUCUCAGAUCAUCUUCAAGAAAUCUCCUCUUUCAAACCUGCUUUCCAAGACUGCACAAAAAAGACAGUGGACCUUGUCUUUCUAUUUGAUGGAUCAGCGAGUAUGACCGACGCAGAGUUCGACAAAAAUAAAGAUUUCAUAGUGGAUAUAAUGAAAAGCCUUAACGGCACGUCAAUCAAGUUUGCAGCAGUUCAGUUCUCCUUAGACUACAGGAAAGUUUUUGACUUCAGUGACUAUCAAGCUGGUAGAGCGCUCAAUAAACUUAAGAAAGAAGUCCAUAUGAAGAGUCUCACCAACACACACAGAGCCCUCAAAUUUGUGUUGGAAGAAAUCUUAGAAAACUCAGGUGCAGGUGCCUCUCCUGAUGCAACUAAAGUUCUGGUACUAAUCACAGAUGGAGAUCCCAGUGAUGCAGACAACUAUAAGAUUGUUAAAAGAUAUAAUGACAAAAACAUCAUUCGCUUUGUCAUUGGGGUCAAAAAUGCUGCAUUGGAUAAAUUUACAGCCAUUGCUUCAGAUCCAACAGACAAAUAUGCCUUCAAAAUUGAGAACUAUGACGGACUCACAGGAAUACUGGAAAACUUUCAAAUAAAGAUCUUUAACAUGGAAGGUACCAAAGUGGCUCGGGCAGGAGAAUUGACUAAUGAAAUGUCUCAGAGUGGAUUCAGUGCUGUCUUCUACAAGGAUACCUUGAUCCUGGGUUCAGUGGGAUCAAACAGCUGGCGUGGUUCUCUCCAAGACAUUCAUGAAAAAAAACAAACACAAAUUGAUGAUCCAGACAUGCCGAUGGACUCCUACAUGGGAUACUCUGUUUCUGUUGGAGAGAAGAAUAAAGCUCCUCUGUAUUUCACGGGUGCACCAAGAUUUGAGCACAUGGGACAGGUCAUACUUUUCAGACAAAAUGGCAAGAUCUGGACUGCAGCCCAAAGAUUAAAUGGGGACCAGAUUGGUUCCUACUUUGGUGCAGAGCUGUGCUCAGUAGAUGUCAACUCCGAUGGUAACACUGACUUCCUGCUGGUAGGAGCUCCACUGUUUUAUCAGCCUCAGGAGAAGCGAGAAGGACAGAUCUACGUCUUUACACUGACUGAUGAGAUGCAACUGAAAAGUAAACUGAAUGUGACUGCACCAUCUAUGGGGAGAUUUGGCACCACCAUAUCCAGUCUUGCAGAUCUGAAUGGAGAUGGACUCCGAGACAUUGCUGUUGGAGCCCCCCUUGAGGAUGAUAACCGGGGGGCUGUGUACAUCUACCUUGGUGACAGAGACAGAGGGAUAUGCAGCUAUUUCAGCCAGAGAAUCAUGGGACAGAAAAUAAUACCUGAGCUGAGAUUCUUUGGACAGGCCAUUGAUGGGGGUAUUGAUCUCGGAGAGGACGGACUCCCAGACAUUGUGGUCGGAUCACAGGGCAUGGCUGUUGUCUUGAGGUCCAGGCCCGUCUUUAAUGUCACGGUACAUCUGUCUUUUCAACCUAAGGACAUAAGCACUGAGAAAAUUGUCUGCCCGGGCACAGAUAAAAAUUUACCAUUGGUUACUUUAACAGCCUGCUUUGAAAUGGUAGAAACAACAAAGAGCAAAGCAGGGGCAAUGAGCUCUGGAUUGAACAUCUCGUACACGCUCAAUGUGGAUCCGAUGAGACAAACAUAUCGAGGUUUCUUCAGUAAAACUAACGAGAAAGCCAGGAAUCUUACCAAUACCUUUGAGAUGAUGGAUAAAGACACAUGCUUCAACUACUCCAUCUACAUGCCAAAAUGUGUGAAAGACACAUUGUCACCCAUCGUCAUCAAAUUAAACUUUUCCCAAGAAGACAGUGACAGCGCAAGUGCCAUCCUGAAUGUGGAGAGCAAAAGGCAGGCUGUCGUUGAGGUUCCCUUUGAAAAGAAAUGUAGAAAAAAUGACACCUGUAUUGCUGAACUUGAGGUGGAUUUCAACUUCAUGACCCAAACAUUAUUGGUGACAGAAGAUAACUACUUCAACCUGUUUGUAAAACUGUCCAAUCAUGGUGAUGACUCAUACAACACCAGCCUUACAAUGCACUAUCCUCCAGGCCUCUCCUUCGCCAGGAUGACUUUAAUAGAGGCGACAAGACCAACGCUCCACAGCUGUCAUGAUCUAGAAGGAGUACUUGACAAGACUAUAUGUGGUGUCAGCCUUCCUGUGUACCGCAGCAGAUCAUCUGCAACAUUUAACAUUUCUUUCUACAUCCUAACUGAGUAUAAGUGGAAUGACACAAUUUCGAUGACCAUUACUGGAGAAAGUGAUAAUGCAAACUUCACCAGGACCAAUUCCCUGACCAAAAGCAUCCCAGUACAAUUUGAAAUAAAAAUGGCAUCAACAGUAAAUGAAGAAACCAUCACCUAUCUGAACUUCACAGCAGAGGAUGCUGCACCUAAAAAAAUGCUUAAUACAUAUAAGAUAGAUAAUCCUGGUUUGAAGCCUUUUCCUGUCAACGUGUCCCUGUUCUUCCCAACUAAACUGGAAUAUAACUUUGAAAUGACGAACUAUCAGGUCCUUGUCCAGCAGAACAAAACACAAUGCACAGAGGGUCCUGACAUGAAAUCUGAAUACUGCUCAGCAGAAAAAUACUGCAAAAGCAUAGUGUGUGACAGUUUCAUCCUGGACAAACAAUCAGCAACUGAGUUUGCAUUGUUGGGAGAAGUAGAGUUUAGGGAUCUCAAACAGUAUGCAGCGAAUAUUGCCUUUCUUAAACGAUAUACUGGAGACAGUGCAGAGGUUAAAUUUAAAAGCUUUAUACAUGUUAGUUAUGAUAAGCAACAAUAUGUGCUGGAUUCUCAUAAACGAGAGAAUAAAGAUGGUGUCAAGCAGGAGAAGUCUGAUGAAAGUGGCUUGUGGAAAGACCUUGAUCCAACAAAUAAAUGGAUUGAAGUUCGGGUUGAGAUCAUAAUCCUUCCAAAUCGACAGCUGAUCAUUUUGACUGGAGUUGUAGUGGGAUUAUUGCUUCUGCUCAUAAUCACAGUCAUCAUGAUUAAGUUGGGUUGCUUUAAGAGGAAACAUCCAGAACAGGAGAAAGAACUUGCUCUUCAGGCUGAUACCCCUGCUGAGCUCAAGAUCACAGCCAGCCAAUCAGAGACUGACAACAAUGAGGCAAAAAAGCUUCUUGAUGGUGGCAGCAGCACCCCGCCAGCUAAACCACAGGAGGAACUGAAUUGAACUACGAACCUACCACUAUCAAAGUGGGCUGACAUAUUAUGUUAUAAAGUUAAGUUAUAAAGCAUGGAGCAUACACAGGAGGUCAUUGUUAGUGAGCAACGUUGUUAAAGGAAUAGUUUGACACUUUUGGAAAUACACUUAUUCUCUUUUAUGCUGAGAGUUAUAUGAGAAGAUUAAUACCACUCAUGUCUGUCCAUUAAAUAUGAAGCUGGAGCCAGGAGAUGAUUAGCUUAGCUUAGCAUAAAGACAAUAAAACAAUAAAAACAAUGGGACACUACUAGCUGUGUCUCUCUAAAGCUAACAAAGUCCACCUACCAGACCCUCUAAAGCUCACUUUAUAUCACAAGUUAUAUCGUUUGUUUAAAAAAAAACCAAAAAAACACAAAUUGCAAGUUUUGGUUUUACGAGGGGUUAUGUGUCGGGCUAUUUUCUGCUGGUGGGCAGAUUUUUGGCUGGACCACAGCCAGUCGGGGCCAAAACACGAAAGUCAGCCCCUGACUUACUGUUCUUCACAGAAUGUUUUGUUUGUACGCCCCCUGGUGUUUUGGUGUUUUGGAGAAUACUGCAAUGGAUAGCGUGUUGAGCAUAAAUGCUUCUGUGCGCUCAUGUGCCAUCUGUGAAGGCCCUCGCCACGGUGUUUUGCGUGAGCAUAAACAAAAGCUUCAGGAGGCUUUUACAGGGAGGCAGACGGUCCUCAAUUACGUCCUCAGGGGGCCUUUACAGCGGUUACACUCAUUGACUGCCGCUCUUUCCAAAUCUAGCGCAUGUUAAGAACGGAAGAUUCUGCUGGUCUUGCAUUCUACUAUCUUUCAAAUAAAACAUCUUAAGAUAUUAGUGGAAAGUACUGUUCUUGCAACUGCAUUUAUAAAUAGUUUUGAGUCAAAGGUAGCUUAAUCAUGUCAUGUGAUAUGUCACUUCAGUUCACUUUGAUAUCCAGGAAUGUACAUUAUAGACACUUCCACUGACUCUCCGUGUAACAAUUUGGCCACAAUUUAGCACAUUGACCAUACACAUUCUUAACUAUUCCAUUAUUAGCUUUUUCCGGAGAUUUCAACAACAUCUCAGUCUUCCUCAGCGAGGAAGGACCAAAGUUCCGUACUGUGCCAUCACGACACAAAUUCCAUAUGCUAAGGAAGACAGUGAAAUCUCUAGGAAAAGCUGAGUCAAGAUUUUUUUGUCAAAUCAUAAUGGUAAAGUCUUUUUUCAGAGCCUUGAUAUUGAAUUAACUGGUAUGUUAAGGUUGCAUUAGGACAUUUUUUACGUAAAAAUCCACCCAUAUAGAGGUACUCUAGUGGUGCGGGUGCAAAAUUCUCCCCUAACACAGAGACCCACGUGUUACAUCCGGCUUGGUGUGAUCCCCUUAACACAACUGGUUGUGUUCGUUGGUGGAAGCCGGUCCUCUUCACUGUACUAGCAUCUCCUACUUUUAUCCAUCAGUAUUAUUGAUGUAUGUAUUAUAUUCAUUGUAAUAUACUGUAACAUUACGACUAGACAGUCUAGUCAUAAUUUAGUUUAGUCUUAUUUCUGAUCUUCUGCAUGGUAUUUAUUGAGCGAGCAGUUCAUGUUCUUCUUGUAUUAUAGCUGACUGCUUGUUAAAAUGUAUAACUUUUUUGUUAUGGUCAUUUGAGCGAAUGCAAUGGUACAUUUGAUGAAUCGUUUAUUGAUUAGUGAGCUUGCAAAACAUUGUCUUUGUGAGCAGCAGUCCUUGGGUUGGUUGUGAGUAGUUACUAAGGAACGAGUGAGGAACAAAUCAAUGGUAGAAAGCAUUGAGUCUGUCCUGAGGAGGAGCUGCUUUGGUGGUUUCUUCAAGCCUGAAAUGCGGUCACCUUACAAUAUUUGAGCCUCACCUGGCACAGUUGACAUUUAACUGUCUCCUUUUCCUCCUCUGAAUCAAAAUAACGGCACGCGAGUUUUUUGUUUAGUCCUCGAUGCCACUAUUUUUCUGUUAAGCUUGCUUUUGCCCUUUAAAAAUAUGACCACAAGGCACAUAGGGUUUGUUUUGUCAGUGUUGCUAUGGUGGCGCUUGACUAAGACCUUUACGUACUUGUAACAUGUGUGGAUAUUAAAUGAGUUUCUAAAUGACAUUCUACGUUUCAGGCCAGAGGUAAAAUAACAAGUACACUUUUUUUCCACACAUGUACACAAGAGGCCUCAUUUUAAAUGACACUGUCUGUUAAGCUUAACACUCAUAUAUUAACAAUAAUAAAAUAAUGCACCUGGGCAAGCUGGAGGAACUUGGAGGCAUGGUGAAUGGGGGCAGAGAGAUAAAUACCUUUUUAGAAGGCUGUUGAUGGCUGGCAAUAUUAAUAAUAAAAGUCUUUUACUACGGCAUGGCUUAAGAACAUACCCAUUGUUGAUGCAUGGAUUGACCUGGUACACAGUAUUUAUGUAAUGGAGAUGAUUACUUGUAACUUUAGAUCCCAGUAGGAUUCAUUUGUUCAUAAGAUCAUAUUUUGUAUAAACAUGCACAGUAUUAUAAACAUACCUUCCACUGUAUUUUUUGGCCUUCCAUUGUUUGUGUGUGUAUAUUUUUUUUUCUUUUGCUCUUAGGUUUUAAAGGUCUGCUUGUUUGUGCAGUGUUGUGUGUUAAUUUUGUUACAUGCUCUCUCUCAAUAAAAACACUUUGCCGGUC